CACGACACAAAUUAUAAUAGGUCGUACCCGCUUUACUAUGCACUAACCUCUCUGCCUGUACCGUAACGUUCGGCUUCAUAGAGCUCGGACAUCUGCUAUUGCUUAUCUGGUGCCACUCUGGUGCUUCAUUUUUUCUCUGCGGCUGGUCGCGAUGCAAGGGUGCGACUAUGAAGUUUUCUUGAGCUUCAGGGGACCGGACACACGCACGGGCUUCACCGAUCAUCUCUAUACCCGUCUCACAGAUGCAGGAGUUCGUACGUACAGAGACGACGAAGAACACCGUGUCGGCGAAGAGAUCGGCCCGGAUCUGCUCGGGGGGAUUGAGCAGUCGAAGAUCUCCAUACCCAUCUUCUCUAAAAAUUAUGCUUCCAGUAAAUGGUGUCCGAAGGAAUUGGCCAAAAUGGUGGAGUGGCGGAAAAGGAAGGGACAGGUAAUCAUGCCCGUUUUCUACCAUGUCGAACCAUCCGAGGUUCGAUACCAAACCGGAGAUUACGGGGAGUCCUUGAUUGUGCACGGAAACAAGAAGCGAGUGGACGAUGAGACCAUCCGAAAUUGGAGAGCUGCCCUCAAUGAGGUUGGAGGGUUAAAGGGAUGGAACGUAGAAAACGUGGCUAGCAGGCACGAAGGACAACUAGUUAAAGAGAUGGUUACCAAGGUUUUAAGUGAGCUGAAGAAGGCUUGUUUGGUGGUUAGUGACUUCUUGGUUGGUGUUGAUGACCGUGUGAAAGAAGUUCUGGGGAUGAUAGGCACCGAGACUGACGAUGCAAAGAUUGUGGGAAUCCACGGAAUGGGUGGCAUCGGAAAAACUACUCUUGCCAAAGUAGUUUACAACAAGAUUUCUCGGGUCUUUGAGAACUGUUGCUUUCUUGCUGAUGUUAGAGAAACUUCACAUUCAAAAGGAAUCGAGUGUUUGCAGACUCAACUAAUCUCAAACCUCUCGAGACAGAAACACCCAAGUAUCAAUUCCAAGGAUGAGGGAAUAAUGACGAUAGAAGAGAGAUUUUCGACUAAGAAAGUUCUUAUUCUUCUCGAUGAUGUUGAUGAAAAGGAUCAAUUGAUUGCACUUUUAAGGAGGCGAGGUUGCUUUGGUCCAGGAAGUCGAAUACUUAUAACAACAAGAAAUCUAAAUGUUCUACGUGCAUUCGAAGUAAAAUUGACUUAUUUAGUUGGUGGUUUGGAUCCCGAUAGAUCCCUUCAGCUAUUCAGCAAGCAUGUUUUCAGAAGAGAUCACCCUCCAAAUGAGAAGAUGGAACAGUCUAGAGAAAUUGUGAAGAUAGCCGAAGGUCUUCCAUUGAUUCUGGAGGUUAUGGGUUCGACUUUGUCAAUAUGUGGACAAAAAGAAGAAAUGUGGGAUGAUUACUUGGUGAAGUGGAAAAAAGGUCACAUCAAGGGGAUUGGAAAUAAGUUGAUGAUAAGUUAUGAAACAUUGGAUUUUGAUCAGAGACAAAUAUUUCUUGAUAUAGCUUGUCUUUUCGAUGGAUACGAUUAUAGUGCAAUAAUGUGCAUGUGGAGAGAUUGUGGUUUUUGCCCAACAGAAGGUCUUGAAGUUCUUCAAUUGAUGUCAUUGAUAAAAAUUGGAGAAGAUAAUAAGUUGUGGAUGCACGAUCAACUCAAAGAUCUUGGUAGAGAAAUUGUUUCUCAAGAAAGUGGGGGCCAAUUAAAUAAGCAAAGCAGGCUAUGGAAUCAUGAGGACACAUUGAAGAUACUACAGAGCAAGAAGAGAAAUGCAAAGCUUGAAGCCCUCUGUUUGAAGUUUGAGAAAUGGUCAAAGUAUCAGUUCACUCUUGAAGGAUUUGCAGCUCUUCCAAAUCUAAGAUUCCUUCAUGUGGAUAGCGCUUCCCUCUCUUAUGAUAGAGUUGAGCGUUUUUUAUCGCAAGCGACACUUCUUUGGCAUAACAAGUUCCUGAUCAUGUGGCCUAAGGAUUUUUCACCGAUCGAGAACCGACUCCUUCCCAAUUUAAGAUGGCUCUCUUGGCAUUAUUUUCCUCGGCGGAUACUCAAGUUAAGCAAUUUUUCGUUGACAAAUUUGGUCAUUCUUGAUUUUUCAAGGAGUACAAUUACUCACGAUUGGGACGGAUGGAGACAUAUUAAGAGAGCAAAGAAAUUAAAAGUUCUUGACCUUUCGGGAUGUGACCACUUGACCAAGACUCCUGAUUUCUCCGGAUUCCUAAUGUUAGAGAGAUUGAUUCUCGAAGAGUGUAACAAAUUGACUCAAGUCAACUCAUCAAUCGGUCAACUAAAGCGCUUGAUUUUCUUGAACUUGCGCCAUUGUUGGAAUCUGCAUUAUCUGCCGGAUGAGCUGGGUGGAUUGCCAUCUCUCACGGAACUGCUUCUUGAUGGUUCUCGUAUACGAGAAAUUCCUGAUUGGUUUGGUAUGGCAGACCCGGAAAAACGUCAUGUUGAGAUUUCACCAUCAGCAAAAGAAGGGGAUUCACUUAAUUGUUUAACUUCGCUAGUGAAGCUUUCAUUGGAUCGGACCAAUGUUGGACACCCACCUGACUCUAUUGGGGCGUUGACAAAUCUCCAAAGCUUAUCUUUGGCUAUGUGCCGUUCAUUGCAAAGGCUUCCACAUUCCAUUACGAAAUUACGAUCAUUGACUGAGUUGGAUCUAACAUAUGCAGGAAUCACCGAGUUACCCGAGUCUAUGGAGAGUCCGGAGAAUCUAAAAGUAUUGAAGUUAACGGGUAUAUCAGCCCUCCCAAAGCUUCCAGAAAGCUUGAUUUCUCUGGCAAUAGGAUCUCAUGUACCAAUGGCCGAUCCCAAUCUUUCCAACUUGAUCAAUCUGAAACUACUGUUGCUCGUCACCACAGCGCCUGAGAUCUCUAGCCCAUCUGAGUCGGCGCAAGUUCACAAGCUUUGGUGGAUUGGGAGAUUAUCCAAACUGGAAGUUUUGACCCUGGGUCACCAAAGCAUUACUGACCUACCUCCUGAAUUAGGUGCGCUUCCUCACUUGAAGACUCUUCAGCUUUUCAGAUGCCCCGCAUUGAAAUGCAUUCCGCAGAUUCCCUCGAGUGUCACAAAACUUCAUGUUGUAAUAUGCCCGUCGCUAACCACACUUGAUAUCUCAAACUUGAAGAACCUAUCGGAAUUCUUUGUCUUUGACUCACCAGCCGAGGAUCUCUAUGGGCGUGAACUUUCAGACAGUCUGGUAGAAUGGAUUAAAAGUGAGGACUUGCAGGACGCUGAAUGGAAAUUUAUGAAUAUGGUGUCUGAACAGCACGGACUCAAAGCUUAUGGGAUUUUCUUCUUUGCUACGUGGACUGAUCCAGAAACGUGGGUUUCUGCACCAUACUAA